AUAUACAAAUGCAUUGCACAUAAGAGUUCGUUAAAUCUGCGCACACACACGCAGAGUUCUUCAUAUGGGUUCAGAAAUGACAGAAAAAUCUCCUACUACAAGUUGUGAAAGUUCAUCAAUUGUAGCCUCCCCAAUGGGUACUCCUCUGAGGAAGGUGUUGAAUAGAUUUUCAGGUUUAGCUUCAUCUUGUGGGAGGAAAACAGCUCCCGGAGGCCAAGUACGUAGGUUUUUUCAUAGGGAUGUGGAACAGGAAGAGUUCCAGUAUGCAAGUGUUCGUUGCCUCUCAUCAUAUUACAGUGUUUUUGUAGUUCGCCUUGCAAUCAUGGUCAUGCUAGCUAUUUUGAUUGGGCUGUUGACAGUUCUAACUUGGCAUUUUACAAAAAUGUACACAACAAAAUCACUAAACACCUUAGCUUUCGGUCUUCGUUAUGAACUUCUUCAGCGUCCGAUUUUACGAAUGUGGGGCAUCUUAAAUUCUACCUCAGAAAUAACAACUGCACAGGUCCAGUUGUCACAGUAUGUUAUCAGGCGGUACAGCAAGCCUACCACUCAGGCAGAACAAGUUGAGCAGCUUUAUCAAAUGAUGAAAGACAUAACAUGGGCACUAUUCGCCAGUCGUAAAGCUUUCAAUGCCAUAACCAUAAAUUACAAGAAUGGAUUUGUCCAGGCGUUCCAUAGAGAUCACAAGAAUAACAACACAUUCUAUAUCUACUCUGAUCUUUCAAAUUAUUCAAUCAGUGCCACCCAGUCUCAUGGCAGCAAAAUGUUGUCAUCACGACAAGGGUGGAACGACCAGUUCAUUCGUGGUAACGUUUCUGCGAUAUGGUAUCGUGAACCACUUGAUCCUGUCACUGGGGAAAAGACAGGGAAGGCACUGCCAAUUCCACCGGAUGAGCUUAUCAAUAUAGCAGGCCCUUCUCAAGUGCCUGAUGGGGUAGCUUCAUGGCAUGUGUCUGUCAGCAAGUAUACAGAUUCACCGUUGCUUUCUGCAGCACUGCCAGUUUGGGACUCUACCAACACGAGUAUCGUAGCUGUUGUUGGUGUCACCACUGCACUUUAUAGUGUAGGCCAGCUGAUGAAAGAGCUGGUUGAAGUGCAUAGUGGGUACAUAUAUUUGACCUCACAAGAGGGUUACUUACUGGCUACAUCCACUAAUGCUCCUCUUUUAAAAAAUACUACAAAGGGGCCUAAGCUUAUGAUGGCUGUUGAUUCAGAGGAUCAUGUGAUACGAAUGGGAGCACAGUGGCUACGAGAAACCUAUGGCAACAAGUAUCCUCCUGGUAAUGUGGUUCAUGUGGAGAAGGCCAAUCUUGGUGGCCAGAAUUAUUACAUCGAUUCGUUUUUUCUCAACCUAAAACGAUUACCUAUGGUUGGAGUCAUAAUCAUUCCAAGAAAGUACAUAAUGGGGAAGGUUGACGAAAGAUCAUUGAAGACAUUGGUCAUAUUGAUAUCUGCAUCUGUUUGUAUCUUAGUUAUUGGAUGCGUCUGUAUUUUGAUACUUACAAAUGGAGUAUCAAAGGAAAUGAAACUCAGAGCUGAGUUGAUAAGCCAUCUUGAUGCAAGAAGAAGAGCUGAAGCUUCAAGCAACUAUAAAAGCCAAUUCCUUGCAAAUAUGAGUCAUGAAUUAAGAACACCUAUGGCUGCUGUUAUUGGCCUGUUGGACAUUCUUAUCUGCGAUGACCGGCUUUCAAAUGAGCAGUACGCAAUGGUUACCCAGAUCCGUAAAUGCUCAACAGCUCUUCUUCGACUUCUCAACAACAUAUUGGAUCUGAGCAAGGUUGAAUCAGGAAAACUGGUGUUGGAAGAAGCUGAGUUUGACUUGGGACGGGAACUUGAAGGACUUGUUGAUAUGUUCUCUGUACAGUGCAUUAACCACAAUGUGGAGACUGUUCUGGAUCUCUCUGAUGAUAUUCCGAAGUUUGUUAGAGGAGACUCUGCCAGAGUUGUUCAAGUUUUUGCAAAUCUAAUAAGCAAUUCCAUCAAGUUCACAACAUCGGGUCAUAUUAUACUGCGUGGAUGGUGCGAGAAUCCCAGUGUAUCUAAUGAUUCUGCGAAGUUUUCUCGUGUUCAGAAGAAACCACUGUCUGCAUUAAAGACGAAGUUGAAGCAACAUGGAAACCAUAUGAAGGCAGACAACAAGAGAGACAAGAAAAUUAUUCUUUGGUUUGAAGUUGAUGACACUGGCAGUGGAAUUGAUCCAAGCAAAUGGGAAUCUGUGUUUGAGAGCUUUGAGCAAGCUGAUCCUUCAACAACUCGGACGCAUGGUGGCACUGGUCUAGGACUAUGCAUUGUGAGAACCUUGGUUAACAAGAUGGGUGGAGAAAUCAAGGUUGUAAAAAAGGAUGGUCCAGGAACUCUAAUCAGACUAUUCUUGCUGCUCACUACUCCUGCAGAUAGCACAGAACAACAUGGUCAAAUGGAUUUUUCGAAGCACAAUGUAGCGGUGAUCCUUGCCAUACAAGGCAACAUGGGAAGAUUGAUUAUGUCCAAGUGGCUGUCUAGAAAUGGAGUGCUCGCUUUGGAAGCAUCUGACUGGAAUGAACUGACUCAAAUUCUUCAUGAACUGUUUCAUGUCAGAACUCGUAAUUGCGGUUUUGACAAUCAUUAUUCACUAGGUGAACCUCUGAGAUCUAAGAUACACGGCCUACAAGACAUGAGGAACCCAGUUUACAUUAUAGUUGUUGAUCUGGGACUGCUUGACUUGAGCACUGAUAUAUGGAAAGAACAGCUUAAUUUUCUUGACAGAUUCUCUGGCCGAGUGAAAUUUGCAUGGAUGCUGAAUCAUGAUACUUCCAAUGCAAUAAAGAUGGAGCUCCGCAGGAAAGGACAUAUAUUGAUGGUUAAUAAACCAUUGUACAAGGCAAAAAUGCUUCAUAUUUUGGAAGCUGUCGUAAAGGAGAGAUAUGUUGAACUUCACAAGAGAAAUCCAAAUGGAACAGAAGGUGGUUCUCAUGAAUGUCUUGAAAUCGAUUCAACUCAUUUUGAGAGUUGCAGCUCUGAUGAUUCUGAUAGUUCUGAAAAGGGUGGAGCUAAUUCUAUAAGCUGUGUGCGUACUGGAGAUAAACCAGGAGGAGAAGGAGCCAUAAAAACCAACACAUUGAAUUGCCAGACAACUAAGAAGUGCCUAGUUGAAUUGACGCGUUUAGAUUCAGAAGUAAACAAUCUAAAGGCAGAAGAAGAUGAAUGUAAUGGCAUCACACCCAAGUUACAUGACCCUGAAGAUGCCAAAUGUGAAAAUUCCAAUUCUCCAGAGCAACAUCACGUUGGCAGCAGCACUAAAGAUGGAGACAAUUCAUAUACAAGUAAGGCAGCAAACGGAGACAGAUCUCUAGAGGGUCUACGGAUACUGCUUGCAGAAGAUACGCCUGUUCUCCAAAGGGUAGCAACCAUCAUGCUGGAAAAAAUGGGAGCUACAGUAAUUGCUGUUGGAGAUGGACUGCAGGCAGUGGACGCGCUGAACUGCAAGCUUGUUGGAAAAGACUACAGAACGGAGUCCUCACUGCAAGAAAGAAGGAAUAGAUCGCAGACAGAUAUUAGUGAUUCCCCUCCAUAUGAUUUGAUUUUAAUGGACUGUCAAAUGCCUAAGAUGGAUGGAUAUGAAGCAACAAAAGCAAUUAGGAAAUCAGAAGCAGGGAUGGGUUGGCACAUUCCGAUUGUUGCUUUGACAGCCCAUGCAAUGCCAUCAGAUGAAGCAAAAUGCUUGGAGGUUGGCAUGGAUGCUUAUCUAACAAAGCCAAUUGACUACAAGUUUAUGGUAUCCACCAUUCUUUCACUCACUAAAAGAUCAGCCUAAAGUUUCCUGCUCGACAAAAUCGCUAACCAAAUAAGAAUGUGAUAGGCGGCUUCCGAUGUAAAGAUGGAUACAAGUUUCUUGUGGAUAGAGGAAAAAACAAUCGUUUAACAUGUCUAGUAUACCUAGGAGUAUGACCAAGUUUCCUGUCUUAGAGAGUGGUUUUAUCUAAUGCUUGGGUAGUUUCUUUAGUUAAUGUAAUAAGAUAAUGCUUGAGUGUCUUAAGGCAACCCUGUAAAUACCCAAAGCCCAAGUAUUAGUCUAUCUGUAUUAUUAUUGGAUACAAAAUAUAUGAUAAAUAGCUAUAACUAUA